AUGACUCCUUCCAUCUUCCCUUCUUAUCUCGUUCCAUCUCUGCCAUUUCGACGUCGUAAAUCGAGCACUGAUUCCAACAUCUCCAACUCGAGUGCCGGUACAAAUGACAGCUCAAGCUCCGAACGCUAUCUAGAAGGAAACAAAUCACAUCUACAAUGCUCCCGAUGUCUUGCUGAUCUGGCUUCCUCAAGCCAGAUUAUCUCCAAAGGCUUCACUGGUCGUCACGGACGCGCAUAUCUCGUCUCUGCCUCUGAAAGCUGGGUCUCAGCCAUCCCUUCUCCGGGCAGAAGGGAUACUCUACCUAACCUGCCAAACACCUUUGCACACAAGCCCGUAUCUCGCCAUCUGGUCACCGGAGCCCAUACAGUCAGCGACAUCAGCUGUGCGCAAUGCGGCAGUGUGUUAGGAUGGAAGUAUGUUGCAGCUGAAGAAGAGUCACAGCAGUACAAAGUCGGCAAAUUCAUCUUGGAAGCCAGACGAACUUGUCGGAACAGCUCCUGGGAGGGUCAAGACGAUGCUAUCGUUGAAGCUGGAGGUGUUGCGACGAAGACCAAGUCUGGAGGCUUAGACGACGUCGAGUUUGACAGUCAGGAUGAAGAUGAGUGCGAGGACUUGUUCAUGGGGAUCUGGACUCCCCAGACCGCGGCCAGAAGACGUAAGAAGAAGGUCAUGUCGAAGCAGAGCAGCUGA